AUGGGGAAGAUCACCUUCUACGAGGACCGGGGCUUCCAGGGCCGCUGCUACGAGUGCAGCAGCGACUGCCCCAACCUGCAGCCCUACUUCAGCCGCUGCAACUCCAUCCGGGUGGACAGCGGCUGCUGGAUGAUCUACGAGCGCCCCAACUACCAGGGCCACCAGUACUUCCUGCGGCGCGGCGACUACCCCGAAUACCAGCAGUGGAUGGGCCUCAACGACUCCAUCCGCUCCUGCCGCCUCAUCCCCCCGCACUCCGGCACUUACAGAAUGAGAAUCUAUGAGAGAGAUGACUUCAGAGGACAAAUGUCAGAGAUCACAGACGAUUGUCUCUCUCUUCAGGACCGCUUCCACCUCAAUGAGAUCCACUCCCUCAAUGUGCUGGAGGGCUCCUGGGUCCUUUAUGAGCUGCCCAACUACAGGGGAAGGCAGUACCUCCUGAGGCCAGGGGAGUACAGGAGAUAUCUUGACUGGGGGGCGAUGAAUGCCAAAGCUGGUUCUUUAAGACGGGUGACAGAUUUUUACUGAAGUAUUUUCAUUCUCCACUUUUCUCCUUUAGAAUCUAAUAAAACAUUUAGCUUGUGUUUCUGGCA